CUCCCAUGUUCCAGCUCUAUAUCAGACAUCCCUUUUUUCGCAUUUAAUAACCUGCCGCAAAUGUCUUUUCUCUUGAUCCUCCCUACCCAAUUCUCCAUCGCCAUCCUCUUGGUCUUCUUCGCUCUGUGGAGAGACGUACUGCGUUAGGGAUAACAUAGCACAUCCCAUCACCCCCUUCGCCCCCACAAACUGCUUCCUCGCUUGCGGCUCAUUUACCACCCCCCUGGCCUCCUACCCAUUGCCCAUUGCUAUUGGUCUGCUGCAUCAGUAGUCAUGGAGAAGGAAAAGACCCAAGUGCCUUUGCAGGCCGCCAUGGCUGAUAGCGACGAUACUUCAUUCUCGACUGGCGAGGUCUUGAACGCCUCUGGCCACAAGCAGGAACUUCAAAGGAACUUCAGUCUGCUAAACAUCUGCGGUAUUGGAAUCUGUACCGGUAACGUCUGGGCUGCUCUUGGAGGAUCAAUUGCCAUCGCCCUCUACAAUGGCGGACCACCAGGUGUCAUCUAUGGAUUUAUCGCCAUCAACCUGUUCUACUGGAUGAUCGCCAGUUGCAUUGCUGAUAUGGCGUCUGCCAUCCCUUCCUCUUCUGGAGUGUAUCAGUGGGCUGCUGUCGUAGGUGGAAAGUACGGCAGGCCUCUUGGCUACUUCGCCGGCUGGUGGAACUUCUUUGGCUGGAUCUUCAACACUGCUUCCAUCUCGUCCAUUCUGGCCAACCAGGUCAUCUCCAUGUAUGGACUCUUCCAUGAGGGAUACGAAUUCGAGAGAUGGCACGUCUUCAUCGCCUACCUCAUCAUCACCUGGCUUUCAUGCGCCGUCGUUCUCUUUGCCAACCGCGCCUUGCCUGCCCUCACCAACGUCGGACUCUUCUUCAUCCUUGCCGGCGUCUUCGUCACCAUCUUGGUAUGCGUUAUCAUGCCCAGCCGCCUCGUGGGUGGCCAGGGUCAUGCCAGCAGCAGCUUCGUAUGGAAGGAGUGGGACAAUCAAACCGGCUGGAGCAGUGACGGCUUCGUCUUCUGUGCUGGCAUGUUGAACGGCGCUUUUGCCGUCGGAACACCUGACUGCGUCUCCCACAUGGCAGAAGAACUCCCUGAACCCCGUCGCAACAUUCCCCGCGCCAUCCUCGCCCAGUACGUCGUCGGCUUCAUCACCGCCUUCUGCUACGUGAUCGCCAUCUUCUACUCUGUCAACGACCUCGCCAGCCUCCUCGACAACCCCUGGCCAUUCCCUCUCGCCGAGCUCUACCGCCAGGCAACCGGUACGCGCGCCGGGUCCCUCGGCCUCCUCAUCGUCAUCUUCCUGCCCACGAUCUCCACCAACAUCGGCGGCUACAUCACCGCAGGUCGCAUGCUCUGGACCCUCGGUCGCGACCGCGCGACCCCCUUCUCCAACUGGACCGGCCACAUCUCUCCCCGCUUCGAGAACCCCUUCAACGCGACCAUCGUUUGCGGUGUCAUCAACACGAUCCUCGGCCUCAUCUACGUCGGCAACUCGACCGCCUUCUCUGCCUUCAUCGGCUCCUUCAUCAUCCUCUCCUCCCUCUCCUACAUCGCCUUCAUCCUCCCCAACCUCAUCACCCGCCGCCGUUACAUCACCCCCGGCCCCUUCAGCAUGCCCGACUACAUCUACUACCCGGUCGCCACGCUCGCCUCCUCCUACAUCGCCGUCUGGGUCGUCAUCUACUGCUUCCCUUACGCCGUCCCCUUCGACACAACAAGCAUGAACUACUCUUGCGUCAUUGUCGGCGGCAUGACCGCCCUUGUCGCCGCUUGGUGGUUCGUCAUCAAGGACCGCGGCUACGUGGGUCCCGUCGGCGCUGUCGAGGCCGCCGCGCAGAAGAUGGCCAGCGGACACGUCGUCGCUGUCGACAAGGUCCCUGAGACCGUUUAGACAUUUCUAUAUCCCCUUUCCCUUUUCAUUUUUGAAUCGCUGUUU